AUGAGAAAGAAAUUUAUGUUAUACUUUUUUUUUAAAAUUGCUACAUUUAUCUUUUUAAGAUGGAUAUGCCCUUUCAAUAGUGAGCGGAGUAUCUUUUGUAAUUAUUUGUAUGAGAAGAACAUUAUUGAUGAAAAAUUAUAUAGAAGAACUUAUCGUUUACUAACAAAGAAUAAAAAGGAAAAGUGUUUAAAUAUCGUAUGGGAAAAAGAAGUUAUUCAAUAUAAUGGAAAAUACGAAAAGAACCAUAUAUAUAAUAAUGAAUGUGUAUCCAAAGUAAAACAUAAAAUGCGAAACAAAUGUACAUCAAAUAAUUUAGGAAGCUAUAAACAAGCUGGAAAAUGUAAAUCGUUUAUAUACAAUGGAGAAAAUACCUCUUAUGGGAAAAGAAUGCUAGACAAAAUAUAUUAUAAAAAUGUUCUUAGGUAUAGUACAAAUUCUGAUUUUACGUUUUUAAGAAAUAGUAUACAAAGAAAAGUUUUUGAAUAUAUUUCUUUAUUUAUCUUCCACUUAGUAGUUGGUGUAGCAGGUGCUAUAUUUUACUUUUUUCUUAGAAAUUAUUCAGGGGGAAUAACUAGCUCGUCCUUAUUUAAAUUAUUAUCACCAAUAUGCAUAUUAUGGAUUAUAGUUUUAGUAGGGCUUUUUUAUAUCUUCAGAAAAACUGUAAAAUAUGGAAAGUUAUUACAUUUAAAAAGGGAUUUCAAUUAUACGAAGCAUGCUACUUAA